AUGGAGAACCAAGGACUCACUCAGGACGAUCUCAAGCUCGAAUACGCUCGUAUGAGCGGGAUGCUAUAUCAUCUGAACCCUCGGAAUUAUGAGGACCGGUGGUACGCGAUCGUGGGCCUCGAGCUCACCAAACUCUGCGGUCAGUUCGAUUGCGAUGCCAUUGCCACUGCCCAGGAUUCUCUUUGGGCAGGCAAUACCUACGACGAGCCUGUCAGGCUCGCGGACGUCGAAAUUAGACUAAGCACGGACGACACAAUCGGUGAACAGAAUAUACAGAUUGACGCAGAUCCUCCAGAAGAGAAUGAUCCCCCUCAGGAGGGCGGUCCUCCAGAAGUUUGGGACGACGAAGGGCCAGAUGUUGCGCUCGAUCCUUAUGAUGAGGGUGUUGUAGUAGGCACGGAGGCAGAGGCCCACUAUAAGGACUCGAAAGAAAAGGACGACAACCCGGUUUCAGAUCGCGCGCCCAAUGCCCUCGGCGACGCGCGAUCAGGGCCCCUUCUGAUCUUGCCGGAGAGUCAGGCCAAAAUCUUUCCUGACUACGCUAGUGGCCGUACUGUCACCGGUGGAAAUCACCAUCGGGUACCAGACAGCGCCGUGAAUGGCUUCAUCUCAAUCGACUUCACUCCCGAAGCCAUGAAAAAGGUCAUCGACGAACGAGAGAGUUGGACGAAGACCGAGAUAGAAAAGCGGCGCGAACACCCCAUCUCUGCACCGACGCCAAAGGGCGACGCCACUAAUGCCUCGAACCACUCGCAGAGUGAAAUCAAACCAGCCGAUGUUGCUCAACGGCCUGAGCAAACUUCCGAGUCUGCAUCCACUAUCCGGAAACCAAUCCGAAAAACCCCCAUCUCGCCGACGCUGGAUCGUAGCACGAAGGAUAUCCAUGACGAGCUCAGUCAAUUGCCGCCCACCGACCCCGACGAUUUUGAUGCUCUCCGCAACCCAUACCCGAUCUACCGUGAACCUGCCCGUGGCCUCGUUGAGUUCAAGGUCAUCAAUGCCGAAUCGAAGCGCCUCCCUUCGCGUCAAGAGUCGAACGAGAAGCCGCCGUGGAACCUUGCCCUGAUAAACCUCAUGCAUAGUGCCCAGAUCGGCAAUCUCGAUCAGAUCCGCGUGUUCUAUGCCAGCCCUCACUGGCGGCAUCAAGACUGCGUGAUGCUUUUUGCCACGUCAGGCGAUUUCCUGACGCACACAAUCGCCAAGCGUGUCCAUAGACCCAACCUGAAGAGGGACACAUUCGCCAUUCAGCCGUGGUCUAUGCCUGUGUGGUUCGGGUCGAAGGCUUGCAAGCGCCGCGAAGAGAAGAUCGUCAACUGGGUCAACACGGUAUUCAGCCCCGAGGCAAUGAGGGAGAUCGCAAUCGAGUUGCGUGACAAGGCCAUCCGCCGCUCGCUAGAGCGUCAGAGGACUCCCCCUGAGGAUGACAAUGCAGACGGCGGUGAUGGGCCUUCCGGACCUCCCGGACCUCCUGGACCGCCCGGGCCUCCCGAGCCUCCAGCGGAACCAAAGACUCGGAAGCGCAGGCGCGACCCCAGCAACCCCGAGGAGCCUUCUCGUCGGAGCAGCAGGCCUCGCACGCAAAACCCGUACUUCGGGCGUGGGGCUGAGAGCAAGCACGACAACGUCCCGCGUCCUUUGACAACUAUAACCGACGCUGGUGAGGAACUUAACGCUGCUGAAGGACGACCAGUGCAAGGCAAUGCCGGAAGAGGUCAUCUUGCGGCCCACCCUAGGCCGUCGGAGCGCACUGAAUCUAUAUCGCAAGCUCAUCCUACGCGCAAGAUCAAACCACUCCCGCGCCUGCUUGGCCACAAUAAUUCUGGCGGAUCGAAGGGCAAGGGCAAGGCGCGCGCCGACCCCGUCGACAACGACCAAGACGACGAUUCCUCUGCACUUUCGGAGCCUGAAGAUGCGCCUCCGACCAAGAAGGCUCGUGAACACUCGCCGGCCGAGGCUUCGGACGCGAGCGAGGCGCCACCGCCCGAUUCUCCUGCUCAUUCUGAUGCGUCUACUCUGACGGACAUCUCGGUCUUGGAGGAAGAGAUUCGGAAGCAUGAUGACGCUCUGACCGCACUUCAAAGGGAGAAAAAGAGGAUCCUUGAGAUACAGGCCUCGCAGGCGGCAGCUCGCCGACCAAUCAACCGCGCUCUGACCGGCCAGCCGUCGGUCCCUGCCGCCGGGCCGUCUGGGGCGAAUGAUCAAACGAGCGUCCAGGAGUCAUCCAGGCUGACUCGCUCGAGGUCUACGAGGUAUUAA